AUGGCCACACCUCUUCCGAUGGCAACCACAGCCACAGGACACGGCGGGAUGCCGCCCCCUCGCCCUCACCUCCGUCGCGGCGGGGCGAGCCCAAGGGGCGCCCAACGGCAGGGUGGAGGUGACAGUGCGCGCGGUGGUGACGAGGAUCCGAGCGAGCGGCACAAGCUGGGGUGGGAGCGGGAGUUGUGUCUAGAGACCAAGAGGGAGACCGCAGGGGUGGGCAGGGGCGCCGUAGCCCGUCGAUGGAGCUACUGUGGCGGCGCGGUUGUGCUCGGGCGUGUCCAUGCCGCCGCGCCCGAUCUUGGAGAAGGACUCCGCCAUGGACGCGUGGAGCUGGCGCGAGCGGCAAUGGAGAGCAGGAGCACCGCGCUCGCGCAGUUGCCGGGCCGCGGCGGCUGCAGGCUCUGGCUCGCCACCUUCGCCGCAGCGGAGGACGCCGCGCGCGCCCACGACGCCGCCAUGCUCGCGCUCCGCAGCGACCCCGCGCCGGGGUCGUGCUGGCCGUCGAGGGGUGCCUCCGCGCGCGGUCAGCCGCCGAGGACGCCAUGUCUGCCACCAGGGCGCAGCCUCGGAGUUGUCGGACCCAGCGGAGGUGCCGGUGGCGGUGGGUGA